AUGGGCAUUUUCCAUUAUGACGUGGACACUGCUAAUCACCUGGAGUCUUGGUGAGUAAGCCUUAGAUAACAUCAAACUUGCAGAUCUAGAAUUGUUAGAGGGUUUAGGCAAACUGAGUGAACCCUUUUCGAUCACCCUCAAUCCCGAUGUGAAGCCCAUCCAAGUACCUCCCAACCGUUAUGCUGCACCUAAACUACCUAUUAUCAAGGGGGCCUUGGAUAAACUUAUUCAAACUGGUCAGUUGGUUCGAGUAAAUGAACCAACUGCCUGGAUCUCUAAUAUGGUUGUUCGUGAGCGUCCUGCAUCUGCUACUAGCUACUGA